UUUUCUGAACCAGUUUCCGUGGACCCAGUGGACCUGGAGAUGGUGAUGCGGACAUGUAUGGAGAAGGACGACCUGCACCGCUUCAUCAGGCCGAUCAUCGGCUACGGGGCUAUAUUUGCUCCAGUGUCAAUCUGGAGACCAAGGCGAAAGAUACUGCAGCCAGCAUUCAAACCAAAGAUAGUGGAGAUCUUCGUCCCCGUAUUCGCGGAGCAGAGCAUGAAGUUAUCUUGCAAGCUGAGCGAGACCGGAGGCCGCAAGGUCAAGCUGCUGCCUUACAUCGGCGCUUACACCUUGGAUUCCACUUGCGAGACGACUCUCGGCGUGAAGAUAAACGCCCAGGACGACGCCGUGUCCCCGUUCCUCGUGGAGCUGGGCCGAGUGCUGCAGGUGGCGACGGAGCGCAUCUUCCGCCUCUGGUUGCAACCGGAGUGGCUGUUCCGGUGCUCCCCGCAGUACCGCCAGCAGCGGGCCGGCUGCGAGGUCCUGCAUGGGUUCACUGAUCACGUGAUAAUGAAGAAAAGAGAAGAACUAAAAGCCAAACAAUCUAAAAGUCCUGAAUCAGACCGACCCAUUGACUUAUCAGACUACGACUCCAAGUCUUUCCUGGAGCUGCUGAUCCACUUCUCUGGCAGCGCGGGCGGGUACAGCAACGAGGAGCUGCGGGAGGAGAUCCUGACGCUGAUCAUCGGGAGCACCGACUCCACCGCCUCCACCAUCGGGUACGCGCUAGACCUCCUGGCCAAGUACCCUCACGUGCAGGACAAGGUCCACGAAGAACUGGACGAAGUGUUUGGCGACUCAGACCGUCUUCUCCAAAAAGAGGACCUGAUGCGGCUGAAGUAUUUGGACCGCGUCAUCAAGGAGACGCUCCGACUGUUCCCACCAGCACCUUUUCUCAUCAGGAAGGUCGAGGAGGAAAUCACCUUGCCAUCAGGGCGCGUGCUGCCCGCCGGCAGUGGUAUUGUAGCGUCCGUGUGGGGCACACAACGGAACCCCAAGUACUGGGGCCCCGACGCGGACGCGUUCGACCCGGACCGCUUCCUGCCGGAGCGGGCCGCGCUGAGGCACCCCUGCGCGUUCAUGGCGUUCAGCAUCGGCCCGAGGAAUUGCAUAGGCUACCAGUAUGCCCUGAUGUCUAUAAAGUCGGCGCUGUCGUCGGUGCUGCGCUUCCACCGCGUGAAGGGGAGGGUGGAGCGGGGGAACACGCCGCACAUCCGAGUCAAGAUCGACGUCAUGAUGAAGGCCGUUAACGGACACGAGCUUACCCUGGAGAGGAGAUCGCAACGUCGCGCUCCAAAGGAUUUGCAAAUCGUAAAAUAG